CUGUAAAGAAAGAUAUGCGCUAGUUCAUGAUCAGUAAAACAAUGAACGAAUCCUGUAUUCUCUUCUUCAUUUCGGCUAUCUUUGCCUGUCGUGCCGAAACUGAAAAUGUUCAGUUAAAAUUUUUGUUGGAAGAAAUGGCGACGUUAAAAAAGGCGGUAUCGACGAUGGAAGACGUUCUUAAAAGUCAACGCGACUUGAUUGGCGACCUUCAAAUUCAAAACCAGCGACAGGAGAAACGGAUACAAGACUUAGAAACUGCCAGGAAGAAUCGAGACGAGUGUUGUGAGAAACUGGAAAACUUUAUUAGAAAUAAGCCAGCUCUACUUACCGAAUCUAAACAUACGACUUCUUAUGGAGGACAUAGUUUCAUUCCGGGAAUAAAAGAAAGAAUAGAACGCAGAAAUCUACAUUCAAAACGACUGAUUGGUGUUCCACCGUAUGAAGGCAUUGUUGCGUUCUAUGCUCAGAUGACCUCAGUUGAAACAAGUCCCGGUGCCCAUCACACCCUUAUCUUCGAUAGAAUACGGACUAAUGUUGGACUUGGAUACAACAAUAGCACAGGUGUUUUUACUGCUCCAAGAGAAGGAAUAUACGUCUUUACAUGGGUCAUUAGAAUGGUUACUGCCGAGCAUUCAACAGAAUUAUUGAUCAACGACGAUAUUUUUGGUGCUACUUUUUUGCGAGCGAAGAAUGGAGACGAUGGAUCUGUGAGCGGAACUGUUGUUGCGCAUGUCACAAGAGGUGAUGUCGUAUUUGUACGCACCCAUUCUUCCUAUGCUGGUGACGGGAACAUUCAUAGCAAUCUCCAUGGUCAGCCAUCUUUCUCAGGAUGGCUACUGCACUAGUUUAUCACUUGGAUGUGAAUAAUUUUUUUUUUAUAAAAUCA